CGAGCUACUUUCGACAAAUUGUCAAAGAUUUCGAUGACGACGGGGACUAGAUAUUUCAAAAAUGAUACAUGGUUCCAUUGCGCCAAAAGGCAUCUAUCUCUGGCAGGCCAGUAUUCGAGUUCGAGGACACAGUCGAUCGAAUCACUGGUGCGGCGCUGUUAUUAUAUCACCUGUACACGUGUUAACAGCUGCCGCACAUUGUCUUGAAGGUUACAACAAAGGUACUUAUUUUGUGCGAGCGGGAGAUUACAACACGGAUAUAAACGAGGGAACGGAAGUGAAAGCCAACAUCGAGGAUUAUUACGUGCACGUGGAAUUUCGUAAAGGCCAUAGAAUGAACGAUGACAUCGCUUUGGUUCUACUUAAAGGCCUCGGCAUUCCGCUUGACAAAGAUAUGAUGCCAAUUUGCUUGCCGCCUGAGAAUGCCGAAUAUCCACCAGGAUUGAAUUGCACGAUCAGCGGAUUCGGCAGCAUUGAAACGAGGAAGACGAGUGCCAUUAGUGAUGGAAUGAUGUGCGCCGGAUAUCUUGAUGAAAGUACCGAUACCUGCGAUGGCGAUUCUGGGGGAUCUCUGACACGUUAUCACAACGGAGCUUUCACUUUAUACGGGAUAACUAGUUGGAGUCAACAUUGCGGCAAUGCGAAUAGACCUGGAGUUUACGUCUGUGCAGCGCAUUAUCGUCGUUGGAUCGAUCAAAAAAUUAGAGAAUCGUUAGCAGGUAGAUAGAAUGUCGAAACUAAAAUUUAAAGUUACACAUAACCGUUUAUAUUGCUCUUAUUAUUUUUCCCAAAACGCAAAACAACAUUAGUUGUAAAUGACAAAUAUUCUAUCGUCAUUUGUAAAUAAGAUUCCUUUUUUGUCAUAUCCAUUUUUUCGAUCCUUUUAUUAAUUCAUCCUUACACGCAUUUCAAUGUAAAUACUUGCAAAAUAAAACGUAAGUACAUCUGUUACAAAAUAUAGAAAUAACAAUAAAAUAGUCAAAGUAA